AUGGGAGGAGGCCGCUGUGCUGCAGCUUGGCUUGGGUUGAGGGCUGCGCUGGUGGUUUGGGCCGUGUGGCUCCUUCCGCUUGUUUUUUUUGUUUUCCCAUUUAGGCUUGACAGUGCGAGAGUUCUUUUACUUCUUCGAUGUGGGAUGUUGCGAGAAGUCUAUGGCAAGUUGGAAGAUGAUGUAGAUUACGGUCCAAUCGUUCCCAUCACCUACUAUAAUGUUAAGGAUAUCACCAAAAAGCUUGAUCUUGGACCAGGCAUGGCUAAGGAGGAUUCCUCGACUAAAAUUUCUGGAAAGAGGAAGGUGGCUCUUAAGCUUUCCAAGGAUGAAGUUGCAUCCUCACGAGUCAGGAAGCGUCCCCAAGAAGCCUCGUCUUCCUUCCGUUGUGGUAAAGCCUUUUCUACGAAGGAGGUCUCGUCUGCUCAGAAGUCUCAGGUAAAAGGUGCUCUUUCAUCGUCUACUAAAGUCAAGCAUGUUGUGGGCAUUGAUAGCAAAAAGGCGUAUGACAUGCGAGAUAAUAGGGAUCCCAUGCCUAAGUCUUCGGCUGAAAAGUCAAAGACUGUGAUAUACUUUAUAAGGAUACUGGUGCCAAGCUUGAUUCUCUUGCUGAGCAGCGAAGAGCAAUUGAUCUUCCUCGUAAGAGUUUGA